GUAAGCUUUGAGUGAAGUGAGCUCAGUAUCCUGUGCCCUUUGGUCGCAGCCAUGGCCUCUCCUUCCACCUUCUUUCUCUUCCUUCUCUUCAUCCUCCUCACUUUUCACGCUAACGCAGAAAGCAUAAUUUUCGAAGAGGGUUUCACGGUCACCACCGUCCUCGACGGCCACAAGAUCAACGUCAACCCUUACUCCAUCCUCCAGCGAUACGGUUCCUCCGAUGUCAUCCUCCUUGAUUCUACAAACAGCGUUUUCUACACCCUUCAAUUCCCCAUUUCCAGUGAUAGUAUUGUGAGGAGGCUUUCAGGAGAUGGGUCUGCGGGGUAUAAAGAUGGGGAUGUGAUUUCAGCUGAGUUUAACAGACCCAAAAGCUUUGCUGUUGAUCUUAAAGGAAAUGUGUACGUUGCUGACAAGAACAAUAAGGCCAUUAGGAAAAUCUCUAGCAAUGGUGUGACUACAAUUGUUGGAGAUUUCUCAGAAAAGUCAAGCAGAAAAAAUGGACUUUCACAAAAUGUAUCACUUUCUAAUGAUUUUGAGCUGGCUUUCAUUCCUGGCCUGUGCGCUUUACUGGUCUCAGAUCAUAUGCAUCAAUUGAUCCAUCAGAUUAAUUUGAAGGAGGAGGAUUGUACCUUUGGAUCUAACUCUGGGCUAGGUGCAGCUAUGAUUUGGACUUUAGGAUUAGGACUAUCAUGUUUACUAGGCUUGGUGAUUGGGAUCGCAGUUGGCAGGUAUCUCAUCCCUAAUACAGGAAGGUUUGAACCCUUGCCAUUUUGCCACGACAUGGAAGCAUUGCCUAACACCUCUGGGGAAUCUAGUUCAGAUACUCUACUCCGGCAACAAAAGCGCAGCUGCUAGCAAUAUCUGCUCGUUCCUGAUCCAACUGGGGAAAUUUAUUGUCUCUUAUCUUCUUCUGUUUAGAUUCAUCUUAGCUUCUCGAAGGCCAUGUCUAGAAUCUGUGUCAUUGAUGGAUUUAGAUGCAUGCAACAG